AGAGACAUCGACAGAGCUGAGGGUGAGAGCUGCUGAACACACACGCACAACAGGAAGACACAAACAGCUGUUGAUCAUAAACACACACUCUUCGCUGGACUCUGGACUGACCACUGGAGGACACACACCUACGAACUCUGUUUCCCAUCAUGCUCCAGCAGAGCCACUUGGACCUGGAGGGGGACUCCAUGCAGCAGGGGCGCUCCAGACAACACGCUUCCCAAGAUGGCCCCCUGUGGCUCUGCAGGCAGGGACGCCUCUGCCCACCGGGGGCAGCUCCUCUGUGGGCCUGGCUGCUGCUAGGACUCCUGGUGGUUCCUGGUGCCCAGAGCUUUCUGAGCGAGGAGCAAGAGGAGCUGUUGGUGGAGCUUCACAACCACUACAGAGGACAGGUCUCCCCCAGCGCUUCAGCCAUGAUGCCCCUGAAAUGGGACCCUGCUCUGAAGCUAAUAGCAGAGGGCUACGCUGCUAAAUGCAUCUGGAACCACAACCCAGAACUGGAAGACACUGGGGAGAACCUGUUUGCUGGGACGGGGCCCCUGAACCUGGGAGAGGCUCUGGAGAAAUGGUUCCUGGAACGUUUAGACUACAACUUCCAGAACAACAGCUGCAAUGAAGAUAAGAUGUGCGGACACUACACACAGAUGGUGUGGGCAGACACGCACCGAAUCGGCUGUGCCUUUCACCCCUGUAACACCAUGGAGGGACUGGACUGGGAGAGAGUGUCCUUUCUCGUCUGCAACUACUUCCCAGCGGGGAACUAUGAAGGAGAGCGGCCUUACGUAGAAGGUGACAGAUGCUCCAGGUGUCCGGAAAACCUGCACAAAUGUGCAAACAACCUGUGUGUUGCAGAUGUUGAGGAGGAGGAGGAGGUGGAUGAAGAGGGGGCGACAGCAACAUCUGAACCCUCUCUCACAACAGAGAAGGGGGAUUCACCUGAUGUACAGCGUGCCACCACAACAGCUCCCAUCACCACCACCAGGACCACCAGCACCACGUCCAGGCCCACUGAACUGGACCCUGAGGACCAUGAAGCUGCAACCACACAUGCCCUGAGCACUCAUUCAUCACCAAUGAAAAGAACAACAGAAGACGUCCCCUCAACGGCAGACGUCUCCUCAACGACAGACGUCUCCUCAACGACAGACGUCUCCUCAACGACAGACGUCUCCUCAACAACAGACGUCUCCUCGACAACAGGUCUGGAAGAGGAGCAGGUUGUAGAAGAGAUGGAGGAGAAGAGUAAGAACAAAGAAAACAAACAAGGCAUAGCACAAAUCAAAUUCCACAACAAAGUUGUGAUAAGUUGUGGUUCAGUAAUUUCACCUUCCCUCAUCUGGGCUGGUCUGACUGGGCUCCUCACUCUGAGGCUGUGAGGAGGAGGAAAUGAGACCAGAACUCCCCCCUGCUUCCACCUGUGCGUUUACCCCUCAUCCUUCAGGAAAAUGGCUCAAUUAAUAAUUCACAGUCAAAAGAUUUGCGAUCAGGGUCAAACAAUGUGCACCUGCUUCAACCGGCGAACAUGUUACUGACUGCUCUAAAAAUUUUAUUUUAAUAUAAAGAAAAAGUGUUUGGACCUUUUCCACCAGAACCAGAUGAGGAGAUCAGCAUCAGCAUCAGGUCUGUGUUAUGCUGGAGUGGGUGUUUAGCUUAGCUUAGCAGCUAAUCUGGUUGUGUAGGACGCUCCAAAGCUCACAGACUGAAAUUCCAUGUUGACUAAAACAGGUUUCAUUAGGCCUUUGUGGGCCCCUCAUAACUCUAGGCCCAGCUUUGGUUCCAUCACUGUGGUGCACACCGACCAGUCUAAAAGUCGCUGAUCACUGAAAGGAUUCAGCUUCCGGUUCUGGUGGGGCCUCAGAAGGUGGGCGGUACCAGCACAGCUUUAGCCGGGAGGUCACCAUGUUCUGACUGGUCAGGGUCCACGUUAGCAAACACCUCCACACCUACUUGAAUGUAAAGAGAUUCGUAUUGACUCAGACGCUUUAUGUCCCUGUUGUUUCCAGUGUUUGUGGCAUGCUAUGCUAAGCUAAUCAUGUCCCACUCCAACUUCAGAUAAGAGCUUGAAGCGUUAGCUGCAAAGACUGUGUUGGUGUUAGAUCAUCAUGACUGUGUUUACAUGUCACAUACUGAUCCAGCCUCAGCUUCAAACGUCUUGUGGUUCAUGGGAGAAGCAAAGCUUGGUCACGCUGUGCUUCUUUCUGAUUGGACCUGAGACCGAGCAGGACUUCAGAUCGUGUGAUACACAGCAUGCACCAACAAUGUCUGUGUUUGGUGACAGCCAUUAUUGUUGAACAGUCUCUGCGACAGCUCUGCUUCAUCUUUCACACAUGUAUCUGCUGUGCAACAUAUAUUCUGUCAGACUAGAAACACCUGGACAGAGUCAGCAGGAAAUGAUCAGAACUAGGCUUCAGCUCAGUCUGUAAAUAAGAUAAUAAUAAAACAAACCCUUUGGAUCCUUCAUGAAGCUGAUUCUCACUAAUCAAAGCUAAUUUAUCAGCGUGAGACUGAUUUCUCAAUAAAUCCUGGGUCUGCAUUGGU